AUGCCACAUUCAGAGCACGAUGGGCCCUUGAUCAAGCGGCAGAGGCUUCAUGCUGCCGCCACCAAAGUAUCUCCAUCUGGCAGCCGAGGGUCCAAUAUCUUUGCUCCCUUCCGCACUGUAGGACUGGUGUCUCCGACCGAUGUUCCCUUCACCUCCCUUCCUCUCGGCAAGACCACCUUCCAGAUUACCACGUCCGUUGGCCGAUCACUUCAGACGUAUGAUCUCAAGCGAGGUCUCAACCUUGUCUUCAUUACUCGGCCCCAAACUCCGGCCAACAUCACUGCCACUCUCGCUUGGAAGGAGAGGGUCUAUGCCGCAUGGGGAGACCGCCGCAAUGGAGAGGAGCAGGGUCUGUGGGCGUUCCAGAGGGGCAAGGUGGUUGCGAAAAUUGAGCUGCCCACCGAUCUGGACCAACCGAUCAAGCAGAUCCUCAUUUUCGGAUCGUGGAUAGUCGGUUGUGCGCUCAACAGGAUUGAAGUGUGGAAGACAUCAACACUUGAGCACUACACCACACUGUUUCCCGUCGCUUCGGGCCCUGGAGACAAUGAGCUCACUGGUGGCAUCUGCAACAUGCCGACAUACCUCAACAAAAUAUUCGCAGGCAGGAAGGAUGGCUGGGUAGAGAUAUGGAACGUCAGCACUGGCAAACUCCUCUAUACCAUGCUACCUCCUUCGCCUGAUUGCGGUGCUGUCACUUGCAUGGAGCCCACCCCGGCACUGUCUUAUCUGGCGAUCGCAUACGCUGGAGGUCCCCUGGUCAUUCGAGAUGUGCUCAAGGACAAAGUGUUGAUACAGGUGGGCGCUGCUAUGGAUGGUUCACCCAUAAAGACGAUAUCUUUCCGGACUGACGGGCAGGGCGCUGGACAAGACGGCAAAAAGGAGGGUGUGAUGGCAACUGCAACAGCAGAGAGCGGAGAUGUUACAUUCUGGGACUUGAACGGUGGUGGCCGGAUCAUGGGCGUACUCCGCAGUGCGCACAAUCCUCCAUCCCGCGAUGGAACAGUCGUUCGGGGCGGUCUUUGCAAAGUCGAGUUUCUCCCCGGUCAGCCUGUCAUCGUCACCAGCGGACUGGACAACUCGUUGAAAUCCUGGAUCUUUGAUGAAACACCCUUUUCGCCAGUCCCACGUAUCCUCCACACUCGCAGCGGCCAUGCUGCACCUGUCAGCUGCCUUCAGUUCUUGCCUUCGGAUUUCGACGGUGCCGAUGCAGGAAACAAGUGGCUUCUCAGUGGUGGACAAGACCGAAGCUUAUGGGGCUGGAGUCUGCGUCGCGAUGGCCAGAGCACAGAGCUCAGCCAAGGCAACCUGCGGAAGAAGGCAAAGAAAUUUGGCAUUCUCUCUAGUGCAGCUCUGUCCCAUGGGCCGACUACGACCUUGGACGAUCUGAAAGCGCCGGAGAUUACCUGUAUCGCGUCCUCCUUGAACCGGGAUGGCGGCAUCGGAGCUCUCCCAGGCAACCAACCGAUGUGGCAGAAAGGCAAUAGCCAGAAGAAACAAGUCAACGAUGCCGAGGUCAGCGGCAUGACUGGAUGGGAGAGCGUCGUCACGGCUCACAAAGACGACCCGUGGGCCCGGACCUGGUUCUGGGGGCGGAAGCGUGCUGGUAGAUGGGCGUUCCAGACUGGCGAUGGAAAGAACGUCUCCACCGUGGCCAUCAGUCAGUGCGGCAGUUUUGCUGUCGUUGGUUCAGCGGGCGGGAGCAUUGAUAUGUUCAACCUGCAGUCUGGCCUACACCGGCAGCGUUUCCCUUCCCGCCUGACUCCAGCUCAGGCACGCCAGAUGAAGCUGCAGCAGCUCAAGCAAGCUGACAAUAACGUGACUGCUCUCCAGUCGCGCGGCAAGACGGCGUUUGGACCUGGCACAGGAAAACAUACCGCAGCCGUCACGGGCAUCAUCAUUGAUUCUCUCAACAGAUUUGUCAUUUCUUGCUCUCUCGACGGCACCGUCAAGUUCUGGGAUUUCCUGACUGGCAACCUCAUCGAGCAGAUUGACUGGGCGCCCAUGGCGCGGAUCACAGGCUGCCGUUACCACGCUGCAAAUGACCUUGUCGCCUUCUCGUGUGACGAUGGCUCCAUCAGAGUUGUCGACAUCGAGACCAAGAACACCAUCAGAGAGUUCUGGGGGUCAGGAGGUGGGAUCAAUGACUUCUGUUUCUCCAACGAUGGGCGUUGGAUUAUUGCUGCAGCAGAAGACGCCGUCAUCCGCGUUUGGGAUCUGCCCACGAGUCACCUCAUCGACGCUAUACGUCUCGAGCGGCCUUGCAAAGCGCUGGCCUUCUCUGUCACCGGGGAGUAUCUCGCCGCCGCCACCGAGGGUGACCUCGGCGUUCAUAUCUGGACAAACAAGACCUUGUUCAAGCACGUUCCAACAAGGCAGAUUUCGGAGAAGGAAAUCGGCAAGAUUUCCGGUCCUACGGCAUCUGGUGAGGGUGGCGCGGGACUGAUCGAGGCUGCCUUCGAGGAGGAUGCUGAAGCAGAGGAGGACGACACUGUGGCAGCGCCCACUCUGGAACAGCUCAGUUCCGACAUGAUGACGCUGAGUCUUGUCCCCAAGAGCAGGUGGCAGACGCUGCUUCACCUGGAUGUCAUCAAGCAACGGAACAAGCCCAAGGAGGCCCCCAAGCAACCCGAGAAGGCCCCCUUCUUCCUCCCUUCGCUCACGGGUGCAGACACCUUGAAGAAGGGCGAGACGGGUGCCAACAAGCCUGCCGAUGAGAAGGAGUCGAGGAUCACAAAGCUCGAUCAAAGCCGUUUGCAAGAACUGUUCACAAUGAAGCUGCGGGAUGGAGCCGCUGCAGGCAAUUACAAUGACUUCAUCGAGCAUCUCAAAUCCCUCUCACCUUCGACAGCCGACUUGGAACUCAGGUCCUUGUCCAUCGGAGACGGCGAUGCGGAGUCUAACGAGCUCUUGCACUUUAUUCACGCUCUGACCGCCCGUCUCAUAUCUCGCCGGGACUACGAGCUGACGCAGGCGUGGAUGACAGUCUUCCUCAGGCUUCAUUUUGAGCUCGUGCUGAGCAACGAAGACCUGGUCAAGGCCUUGAAGCAGUGGAAGCACCAUCAGGAGAGGGAGAAGGACCGUUUGGACAGCUUGGUGGGCUACUGUGGCGGUGUCGUCGGCUUCCUCCGGAGCCCAAGGACGUAG